UUUUCUGACAUUUAACUUUCCUGCUACUCACCGAGUUACAGCAUGUCACCUUGAUGAUCAUCAUUUGCUGUGUUAAACCAAUGCAGCAGCAAAGACAUAAAAUUAGUUUGAUUUUCACCUAAAAGAAUGUUUUUUGAGCUGAUCAUUUUUUUAAAGCUUGUACUGAUAAGUCUCCUGUACGCACAGGAUGACUGCAGUAGUGGUUCCUGUUAUCCAGUGAUUGGAGAUCUCUUAGUGGGUCGGAGUGAACAACUAACAGCCUCAUCAACCUGUGGAAUGAACGGCCCUCAGAAAUACUGCAUUAUAGGUUAUCUGGAGGGUGAACAGAAAUGCUUCCUCUGCGAUUCCAAAUACCCUUAUAACCCCUACACGCAGCUGGACAGUCACAGAAUUGAAAAUGUCAUCACAACUUUUGAACCAGACAGGAAAAAAAAAUGGUGGCAAUCAGAAAAUGGCAUCGAUCAUGUCAGCAUCAGACUAGAUCUAGAAACCUUAUUCCAGUUCAGCCAUCUUAUACUGACAUUUAAGACCUUCCGGCCUGCAGCAAUGCUGGUGGAGCGUUCCACAGAUUCUGGUCAGACCUGGAAAGCCUUUCGGUACUUUGCCCAAGACUGUGCUGCUGCUUUCCCUAACAUCCCUUCCGGUCCAGCAAGAGGAGUGAGGGAUAUUGUCUGUGAUUCAAGAUAUUCAGACAUUGAGCCUUCCACUGAAGGCGAGGUUGUCUUGAAAGCUUUGGAUCCCAGCUUUGAAAUAGAAAACCCUUAUGUGCCAUAUAUCCAGGAACUCAUCACCUUAACAAAUCUGCGAAUCAAUUUCACAAAACUCCAUACCCUAGGAGAUACUUUACUUGGAAGAAGGCAACAUGAUCCCCUUGAAAAAUAUUAUUAUGCAGUUUAUGAAAUGGUUGUCCGUGGAAGCUGCUUUUGCAAUGGACAUGCUAGCCAGUGCAGUCCAGUGCAGAAACUACGAGGAGAUGUUUUCCAUCAGCCUGGAAUGGUUCAUGGUAGAUGUAUCUGCCAGCACAACACUGAUGGCUUGUCCUGUGAGAGGUGUAAAGAAUUCUACAAUGAUGCUCCCUGGAGGCCAGCGGAAGGAUCACAGGAUAAUUCUUGCAAACAAUGUGAUUGCAAUGGCCAUUCUGACAGAUGCCAUUUUGAGAUGGCAGUGUACCUAGCUAAUCAUGGCAUCAGUGGCGGCGUCUGUGAUGACUGUCAGCACAAUACCAUGGGACAACAUUGUGACCAGUGCAAACCUUUCUUUUACCAGGACCCACUCAGAAUGAUUUCUGACCCUCAUGCAUGCCUCCCCUGUGACUGUGACCCAGAAGGUACAUUAUACAGUGGACAGUGUGAAAGCCACACAGACCGCACUCUUGGAAGUCUUGCUGGUCGAUGCCUUUGCAAGGAGAAUGUUGAAGGAGUCCAUUGUGACAAGUGCAAGCCAAACUACUAUGGGCUGAGUAGCGGCAAUCCUCUGGGCUGUCAGUCCUGCAACUGUAAUCCUUUUGGUAGUUUGUCUUUGUCAAUCUGUGACCCAGUGACUGGAGAGUGCCUCUGCCAGUGGUUCACCACUGGGCGACAUUGUGAAGAAUGCGUUGUAGGGUAUUGGGGACUUGGGAACAGUUUGUAUGGUUGUUCUCCAUGUGAUUGUGACAUUGGUGGAGCCUACAAUAGCCUAUGCUCAUCAAAUGAUGGUCAGUGUGAAUGUCUCCCUAACAUUGUGGGCCGUCAGUGUAAUGAACCAUCCCCAGGCUACUUCUUUGUACCACUGGAUUAUUAUACCUAUGAAGCAGAGCAUGCAAAGGCACUCUCUGGAACUGCACCGCUGGUUAAGCCUACAGCUUUUCCAAGGUGUGAUAUCUAUUUCCAGCAGCAAGGAUAUGAUUUCACAAUUGAAAAUGGAAAGAUUAUACUUAACAGGAGUAAGAAACGAAGCAUGAGAAAAGUAGGUCUGAAACGGGGUUCAGUCCAGUUUGGAAGGAACUCUAUUCUGGACAUUGUUUUCAGAGAGCCUCUCCCUGGGAAACCUGUCACAUGGACAGGGUCUGGGUUUGCCCGUGUUUCAAAUGGAGCCGGAUUAAGAUUUACUAUCAACAAUAUUCCCUUUACCAUGGACUUUGACAUUGCCAUUCGUUAUGAGCCUGAGUCUUUAGAAGACUGGAUAGCGAGUAUUGCUGUUAACCCCCAUGGAACUUUAGCAAAUGAACGCUGCAAGAACAAGCCAGACCCACAGGAGCCAUAUGCAUUGGCCCUACCAGCUAGAGAGAGAAUUGCACUUCUACAGACUCCUUUCUGCUUAGAACCAGGAGCAGGGUAUUCUGUAGAUGUUUAUUUUUCUCAGCCUUCUGCCUCUGACUCAAAGACUAAAUCAGCCAUCUUGAUUGAUUCACUUGGUCUUAUUCCUAGAAUCAGUUCUGUGGAGAACUUGUGUAGUAAGAAAGAUUUGGAUGAGUAUCACCGGUACCAUUGCAUUGAAAUUGCUUCAGAAGUUGGACCUCAUAUUUUACCAGAAGUAUGUGCAAGACUCAUAGUGAGCAUGUCUGCUCGUAUUCACAAUGGAGCAGUUCCAUGCAGGUGCCAUCCUCAGGGGUCACUGAGCUCCAACUGCAGUAAGCUGGGAGGCCAGUGUCAAUGCAAGCCUAAUGUUUUAGGCCGCUGCUGUGACAGAUGUUCAGUCGGGAGUUACGGUUUUGGAUUCCGUGGUUGUUACCCCUGUCAGUGCCAUCCUCAAGGAUCAGUGAGCACUCUCUGUGAUCAAGUGACUGGGCAAUGUUCAUGCCGCCCAGAAGUUGAUGGUCUGCGAUGCAGUCAAUGCCUCCCUGGAUAUUUUGGAUUUCCCAGUUGUCGACCAUGUUCAUGUAAUGGCUAUGCAGAGCUUUGUGACCCAGUGACUGGGGCAUGCCUAAGUUGUAGAGGCUUCACAACUGGAAGUAGCUGUGAAAGAUGUAUUGAUGGUUAUUAUGGGAAUCCUCUAAAAAGAGUGCCUUGUUGUCCAUGUAUGUGUCCAGACUCUCCUACAAGCAACAGAUAUUUUGCACAUUCCUGUUACCAAGAUUCUCAGACUUUGCAAUUAGUCUGCAAUUGUCUCAAGGGCUAUUCAGGCAAUCGAUGUGAUGAGUGCCCUAGUGGAUUCUAUCUGAAUGCAAGAAGCCCCAGGACUCAGUGUUUGCCCUGCUCCUGCAAUAAUAACAUUGAGAUGACAGAUCCAGAAUCCUGUAACAAGACUACAGGAGAAUGCUUAAAAUGCUUAAACAACACACAUGGGCCCAACUGCCAAUUCUGCAAACCAGGCUACUUUGGAUCUGCCCUUAUUCAGAGCUGUAGAAAAUGCACUUGCAAUCUUUCAGGCGUGAGCCCAGCAAUAUGUCCACCUGAAAAUGAAGCUUGCCUCUGCAACCCAACAACUGGAGCCUGCCCUUGCUUACCUAAUGUGAUAGGUUCAUUGUGUGACCAGUGCGCUCCUGGCUACUGGAACCUGGGUAGCAGGAAAGGAUGUCAGCUCUGUGGCUGUGAUCCAAAAAACUCUCAAACUAACCAAUGCAACCAGUUUACAGGCCAAUGUCUGUGUAAAUCAGGCUACCGUGGAAGGCACUGCAAUGAAUGUGAGGAAAAUUACUUCGGCAAUCCACAAACACAUUGUAUUUCAUGUAAGUGUAACCAGGAAGGAACACUCAACUCAUGUGACAAAGCCACUGGAGCUUGCAGCUGCCGUGCUGGUGUCACAGGAAGGUUCUGUGACCAGUGUGGUCGAGGCUUCAAGCAAGAAUUCCCCACGUGCCCUCGCUGUCACCUUUGUUUUGAUCAGUGGGAUCAUAAAAUCACUGCCCUAUCUCAAGCUGUUCAAGGGUUAAUGAAAUUUGCUGCAAAUCUGGAAGAUGAGAAAGAGACAAUGCCCAGCUAUGAUACACACUUUAAAAGCUAUGAAGUGAUGAUUUCUGAAAUAGGAAGAAUUUUAAAAAGUCCUGUUAGUUCACUGAAAAUGUUCUUAAACAUCAAGGAUUUCUAUGAUUACAUUCGGCAAAAAGUCACUCAAGUGGACCUGUAUCACAGUGUAAUGAAUGAAUUUCCUGACCUCAGUGGGAACAUAGAAGAUAUUUGGAAAGAAACUGACCAGCUAUAUGCAGCCCUGCAACAGAAAAUGCGUCUAUACCACAGUUUUAAUUAUUUGAAUCUCAAAGAGUCUUUCACCAAUAUCAGAAAGUAUUACCAAACAUCAUCAUCUGCUGAAGAGAAAAUCAGUGGAAUAACUGCUUUGAUUAGGGACUCCAGAAACACCAGAGAUAAAGUACUCGCUAUGUUAGAUGAUCAGGCCUCAAAAAAGAUUUACAUGUUGGAACAACUCAAGAUGAUCAAGACUCCAGAUAUCCAUAAAUUUAAUGAAAAGAUUUGUGGACUACCAGGAAACCUGCCAUGUGUUAUAGCAGCUUGCGGAGGAGCUUUAUGUCAAGAUAGUUAUGGAAACAGGCAGUGUGGUGGGCCAUCCUGUAAUGGAGCUCUUCCUCUCUCUGCCAGUGCAGUCAAGAAAGCUGUGGAAACAGACAUGCUGUUAAAAACACUGACUAGCUGGCUACAAGAACCUGAGAAGCAGAUUGGAAGCAUCAGAAAAAUGGCAGAAGACACCAAGUUGAGAAGCUCACAGUUGCAUGGGAAACUAAAGAAAGCUAAGAAUCACAUUGAUAUGGACAGAGAGAUCACAAAGGAAUUCAUCAGGAAAGUGAAAGACUUUUUGUUAGAUGAGAGUGCAUCUCCAGAAGACAUAGAGAAGGUUGCAAAUUAUGUUUUACACAUAAACCUCCCAAGGACUGCACAGCAGCUAGCAAAUACACUUGAGAAAAUUAGAAACCUCAUCACACACUGUGAGAACUAUGAAAUAAAUCUGGACAAGCUAAAUAAACAAGUGGAGGAAGCUCAGACGCUCUUGGUGGAAGCUAAACAAGCAGAGGAAGCAACUAAAGCUCUUCCUUCUUCUUCUGAAAUGCUAAAUAACCUGAAAAAGGCUAAAAACACUCAACAGCAAACUAAAGACAUCGUCAACGGGUUGAACGGAGACCUACAGGGAAUCGGAAUAAAAAUCUCCCAGGCUGAGAAUCAAGUAAACAAGGGAAAUGAUGAACUGGAAAACUUGUCAGAAAAGAAGUCUCAGUUGGACAAUGAAAUUGCCACAUUACAGGCAAAAAUGGUGACUAACAAGGACCAAGCAGCAGAGGCCAAAGCAGAUGCAGAAAGGGCACAGGAAACAGCUCUGGACUCUGAUAAAGAAUUUACCAACCUUAAAAGAAAAUACAUCAUUCUGCAAGAAAAGCUAAAAAGGAAGGGGCUUCCAAAGGAAACUUUAGAAAAAUUGAAGCAGCUAAAAGAAGAAGCAGAGAAACUGGCUGAAGAGACUGAAGAAAAAAUUAAAAGAAUAACAGAUUUGGAAAAGAAGCUCCAAGAUCUGAAUCAAACUAGACAAGAUAAGGCUGAUCAACUAAAGCGACUAGAGGAUCAAGUAACAGCCAUUAAAAACGAAAUAAUGGAGCAAGAAAACAAAUAUGCUACUUGCAAAAGUUAGGACCUGAUAAAGUAUCAUGUCUCAAAUGCUGCUGGAAAUUUGCUGAAGCCUCAGUUUGUCUUUUACCAUUUCUGAUCUUUUCAGCAUCAUAUGGCUAUAUUCUUUCUGUGUGGUGCUGUAUAGAGAGAAACUAAUUUUCUGUUGGUUAUUAGUCCAAUUUAAUGUACACGAUGAUAGUUAAUGAUUUUUCAGUAAAAUACUUGAUGAAGUAA